CCACGGAGAAAGGAAUUGUUCGAGAGCGACAGCUAAUGAUCCAAGACCGACUGCAUGGCCUGAAUCUGCCCCGCUCUAUUUUGGGCCCGCGGCAGCCCAUAGUUACCCUGGAACAUUACAACUCUACUAAUCACCAGGGUUUUAGAGGGCUGGCUGCUACUUAUUUCUUAGUCUUCCGGCUCCGUGUCUGGCAUAUUUUCGCGACGGCAAGACAAACCCACUGACUAUUGCCUUUCGUUUUACCUUGAUGCGCUCCGUUUCUAUUACAGUCUUUGCUUAUAACGAAACAAAAUGGCGCUAGAAAAACACGUGAGCAACCGCCGGUGCCUUCAGAGCCGGCGCUCUCGCAUUAUCCUGGCCGUGCUUGUUUUUAUUGCAGUUCUCGCGGUCGUUAUACCUCCGGCAGUUGUGGUCACCCUACACAAGAAAAACAGCAUGGGCCCUAAAGCUACGGUCUUCGUACCUCUCUAUGUGUACCCUGCCCCCGGGGCCUGGACUCCAUUGGAAGAAGUGAUUUCUACGCAUCCGGAUGUCAACUUUACGGUCGUGAUCAACCCUGGCAGUGGCCCCGGGCCCGAUGCUCUGCCCGACGCCAAUUAUACCCGAGAAAUCCCUAAGCUCGUCGCCUUUGACAACGUGCGUGUCUUGGGCUACGUUGCUACCACCUGGGCAACGCGGAAUAUCUCUUUGGUUCGCAAGGACAUCGAGACUUAUGCGGCGUGGCCGACUAACAGCUCUAAUCCCAACCUCACGGUUCGGGGAAUAUUCUUCGACGAAACACCCCAGCAGUUCAAUGCAUCUGCAUUGAACUAUUUGCAAAAUCUUACUGAUUUUGUGAAGGAUACGCCCGGGCUUGGUCCGGACCACUAUACUGUCCACAACCCUGGGGCGAUUCCUGACUCUCGCUACCUGCCGACUGCUGAUUCGACGGUGGUCUUUGAGGCAACUUAUGACACCUUCCAGGAGCGCCAUGGGGCCAACCUGUUCGAGGAGAUCCCGAACAGCACUCGCAGCCAGCUGUGCGCCGUGAUCCACUCGGUGCCAGAUAAUGUGGAAGGAUCCGAACUGCGUUCCCUAGUUAAGCAAGUCCGCAAAGUUGCAGAUGAGAUUUUCAUCACCCAUCUCAGCACCGACUACUACGCUAGCUUCGGAAACAAGUGGAACGAGUUCGUGAGUCUGAUGGCGAAAUGAUCCCUACGGUGGCCACGCUUGAUGCAUCUAUUACGACAUUUGCUUGUAUCUCUGGAACGAUUGGUUAUUAACGAUGUAUAUGAAAGGCGCUUCCAGACAUUGUCAGACGGAAAAAAUUUGCACUUGGGCUUGUUAUCAUCAGUUUUGUUUCGUUUCGUUUAUUUUAUUUUAUUGUCUAUUUUUAAUUGUUUCCACCCUCUGCCUUCUUAUCCACUAGAAAUGUCAGUACGGAGUACGGAGUAGGUCCCAGC